CCUUCACCCUGGUGCUGUGAUCGCACGCAAUGCUUUGCAGCACUGCGCCGAUGAAUCAGUGCAGCCAUGGCAGCCACGGCUGCGUCCAGGAGCCCGGAGCUGGCCGCAUGCAACACAGUCAUCGGGGCCUGCGCCAAAGGCAGCCGGUGGCAAGAGGCAUUGAGCCUUUUGGGCCAUCUGCCGGAGGGCCUGGAAGCAGAUGUCAUCAGCUACACCUCGGCGAUGAACGCCUGCAGCAAGGGCCUCCGUUGGCCGGAGGCGCUGCACUUGCUGAGGCGGCUCCCCGUGGUGCGCCUGGUAGGCAACGUGGUGACAUACAGCACCGUGCUGGGUGCCUGCGAGUGGCGGCGGGCACUCGAGCUGAUGGAAGAGAUGAAGGGCGCCGAAGUGGAAGGCAACGUGAUCACGUACAGCGCCGCGAUCAGCGCCUGCGAGAAGAGCGCGGAGUGGCAGAUGGCACUCGCCCUGCUCGAAGAGUGUCAGCAGCAGUCAGUGCAGGCCAACAACAUCCUCUACAGUGCUGCCAUUAGUGCUUGCGAGAAGGGCCAGCAAUGGCAGCCAGCUCUGGCACUGCUGCGCUUCUGCCAGCAUUGUGCACAGCCCGACGUGGUGAUGUACAAUGCAGCCAUCAGUGCAGUACCCUGGCCCUGGGCGCUGUGGCUCUUGCAGCAGGCUGAGCUGCGCCCGAAUGUGGUUUCCUACAACGCGGCCAUCAGCGCUUGUUCGGGACGCUGGGAUUUGGCGCUGGCGCUUUUCAGGAAACUUUUCCAAAGCGGACUGCAGGCCACACUCAUCACCUUCAACGCGCUGAUUGCGUGUUUGCCCUGGGAGCUGGCGCUGGAGGUUUUGUCCUCGCUGCCACAACGAAACCUGAGGGCCAACGAGAUCUCCUACACCUCAGCGAUCGGCGCCUGCGCAAGUCACUCGGAGAGCUGGGCGGCCGCACUCGCCCUUCUGUCCCAAAUAUCAGGUCCGGACCUGGUGGCCUACACCGCAGCCAUCAGCUGCUGCGAGCGCCGCUGGCAGCAAGCGCUGCGUCUGCUGAAAGCGGCGCAAGGGCGAGGCCUGCAGCUGAACUUGAUCAUCUACAGCGCAGCCAUCAACGCCUGCGAGAAAGGGGAGCAGUGGCAGAAGUCCCUUGAACUCCUGGAGCAACUUCCCCAGUCUUCAGUGGUGCCCUUCAACGCGGCGUUGAGCGCCUGCGAGAGUUCUUGCGCCUGGCAGCACGUGCUGGCCGUGUUGCAUCGCAUGCCCGCGGCAGGCGUGCCGGCGGACUCCAUUAGCCUCAGCAUUGCUAUACGCGCUUGCAACAAGUGCUCACGUUGGCAGCAAGUUUUGUCACUUCUUGGACAUCUAUGGCACUGCCGUCUGCAGCUGGACAUCGCCACCUGCAGCUUUUGCGUCAGUGCCUGUGAGACGGGCGAUCUGAGGAAACCGGUUCCAGCUUUGCUUGCAGCCGAGGGAAGCGCCGGAACCUCCAUCCUGAGAGUAAAAAUGAGAAUGCUGCACUGACGCACAUAGCAAAAAAGGUUUCCUGCACCCCUUCUUGGAC